CCAAGCCUAGCCAAAGCAAAAAUCAAAUUAGUAAAAUUUUCUAAGUGAGUCUCUCAUUAAGUUCUUAUCUUAACAAUAAAAAGAGGUAAAAUGUCUAACAUUCAAUUUCAAGAGAAUAGAGCAUAUGCUAGAAAUGUUGUUGGAGCUCCUACUUAUAACAACCGCUGGUCUAAUAACUGGUUAGAAAAGAGAGUACCUAGUACUACAUUUUAUGCUGCAUUUCCCUCCGCAAAUUAUAAAAACUCGACUAAUUUAGUUGGGUCUUGUAAUUAUGUUCCUGCUACUAAUUAUAAAGCAACUACUAGUACUGUUGCUGCUCGUGCUCCUGUUUUUUCUCCAAAAGCUAACGACGACGACGACGACAACGACAACAACAACAACAAGCUCAUCGCCUUCCACUCAUCCAACCGGUGGAAGGAAUACUUUCAAGCUUCUAAGCACUCCAACAAAUUGAUUGUGAUGUAUUUUACGGCUAUAUGGUGUGGACCAUGCCGGUCCAUGGAGCCAACUAUCAAAGAAUUGGCUGCUAAGUACACUGGUGUCGAGGUGGUCAAGCUUGAUGUGGACGAAUUAUUCAAUGUAUCGCGUGAGUUCGGAAUCCAGACAAUGCCUACAUUCUUGUUCAUGAAGAAUGGAGAAAAGGUUGACAAGGUUAUUGGAGCAAGACCAAUAGAUCUCCAGAGGAAGAUUGAGAAGCACCGGGUAUAAUCAAGAAUAUUAAUCACAAUAUUAGGAUAAUAAGCAUUAUCUAUGAAUAUAUACUAUAGAUGAGUCCUUUUUUUGGUUAUCAAAUAUGUUCUCAUUUCACUUAGAAAAUAGAAGUGUGUUAGUUAUUCAUAUAUGAGUUAGUGCAUUAUUGUAUUUCAAAAGAAAAGAAAAGUUGUAAUUUAGCCGUCUUUUGAUACACAGUAUUAAUAAUAAAUUAAUAUUUCCUUUUA